AUGUCGUCUCAUGCGAAAGAACACCGACGGGUGUACCAGGCUUGUGAGCCGUGCAGGGAGAAAAAGGUGCGCUGCGAGUUGGGAUCGGCCGAUUGUCCCAAUAAACCACCCUGUGCGCGAUGCCGCAGAGAGAGCAAAGAAUGUUUCUUUGCCGCAUCGAGGAUCAGAAAGACUGCCUCUACAAAGCGAAAAGCACAAUCACCUCUUGUGCCAGAGCCCAUCAGAUCUCAACCUGCGACUUCUUUUCCUGAUGCGGCACGUUUGUAUAACAGCAAUCUAGCCCCUGGACUACAAGAAGAAGAGAGCCUGAAGUUUCCGGAAAAUGGAGGAGCUGCAACUGCUUUGCUUGAGGGUCACCCCCGAACCUACCAUGAUGCGUUGACAUUGCUAUCAAAAGCUUGUGAGCACAGUGAGGCUCAAAAGAGGACGACUGAUGGCUUACCCCUGACCAACCGUCCCCAAGGUGUCAGACCGCAUCCUACCAACUCAUCUCUUGGCAUUCAUACCGAUACCAGCGCCAACACCAACGAAGGCACCGAUGAGGCCCUCCGCGCCUGGUCAAACCUACGUUUUGUCCGUGGUGGGCUUUUCACAGCAGAGGAAGCGCUGGAUAUGGUUGAUCAUUUUUACAACUUCCAGUCUGCCUUCUCGCCUGUUGUGCCGGAAUACUAUCGAUGCCACUCCCAGCACGCGAUGCUGAUCGAGGAGGAGCCCGUGUUAACCAUCGCCAUAUUGAUGAUUGGGUCGCGUUACCGAAAGUGGUCAGGACCGGCUGCGGUCGCGCGCUCCUACAUUGUUCAUGAUCGAAUUUGGAGAUAUCUACAGGGACGAAGAAAUCCAGCACAAUGGACUCCCAAACAAAGCCCCGACAUUAAGAAUGAUGAUGCAACGGAAUGCUGGAUGCGCGUCGCAACUAUUAUGAAGAAUGCAAACGAUCUUCUCUUUGUGUCGCCGAGAUAUACAGGGGAAAUCAUUCGCAAUGGAAAGUACCUUCAAAUUGUUCGAGGCCUUGAGCCACUUCUGAAUCAAUCGCUUCUUGAGUUCGAUCAUGCGAAGUUGGCAAAGCAGACGCGAUGUAUCUUGACCAUUGAGUAUGAGUAUGCCCAACUCUGCGUUUUCAGUCUUGCUUUGCAAGCUGCAAUUAAUCGAAAUUGCCGUGACAAUACAACUAGCAGACUGGAGAGCAGUUCAGAAGAGGAGAAGUAUCUCAGAGAAACUGUUAGGGCCGCUCGGACUGUACUAAGAACGGUGCUUGACGAUCUACUUCCCUAUGGGAGCUUAACCUAUAUUCCCGUUCGAUCAUACUCAAGGCUUCUCGGUGCAACUUUGAUUCUUCUCAAAUGCUGCGCGGCCGGAAUCAGCGACAUCGACAUACCCAUGUCCCUUGACCUAGUUCGGCGAGUCGCUGUCGGCCUUCGUGACUCUGCAGUCGAUGAUACACACUUGAGUACGCGCUGGGGCGAUCUUCUUGAAAACCUCGCUAGUCGACUGCAGUCGCGCCUAAUCCAGCCAAGCACGCCGAAAACGAGUAACGUGAGACUCCCAUCGUCAGCAACCCUAUCAAAAGGUCACGCAGACGCCUUCCAGGUCUCUCAUGAAACAAAUCGCCCGACAAUACAUUAUGCCCCUCAAGGUAUACAGCCUAGAGCUGAUCUUGAAGACAACGAUCUCUUGGAUCUCAACCAGUCGAGUUCAGAUGCUAAACAUGACCCGCAAUUUGAUGCCUGGUCGAUGUGGUGGGACGACCAAUUUUCUCAGGUAAACCUCAAUUACAUGCCUUGGUUUCCCACUCUGGGGCUCGUGGGUGGAAAUGAUCCCCCCUUCUCCAACGAUGCUGCUGAUGGUCUUUUUGGAAGCGCUGGACCAACCCAUUGA